GUCGGGGUGACACCUGAAGGAGUUGAAGUCCCUCGUAGCCUGGUUGAUGAGGAAAUGAAAGAGAAGCUUAAAGCAAUGCCUAAAGAAUAUCAACCAUCUAGUCCAUCUGGACCAGAUCCUAAAUGGCGAUAUAUGUGGAGAGUUGGUCCUCGUCCGGAGAUUACCCAAUUUAAGGAACUGAAUUCAGAGCCAGUAAUACCAGAGGGCUUUCCUGAAUGGAAAUGUACUAUGGACUCAUGGGGAUAUAAGAUGAUAUCUGCUAUAGAGUGUGUUGCUGAAAUGGCUGCCAUUGGUUUUGGUCUGUCAAAGGAUGCAUUUACUUCCCUAAUGCAACAGAGCUUUCCUUCAACAAUGAGAGCGCGAGAAUCAGAGUCACCAAUGGACAACCCACGAGCAGAGAAGAACGAAAGAAGGGAAUUCCACGUAACAGAGGAAGCAGGACCACAUCUGCUUGCUCCAACGGGAAGCGACCUGAGGCGUUAUGCCAAAGAGGGAACAGUAUUUGCAGGAUACCACUAUGACCUGAACUUCCUUACAAUCCAUGGGAGAAGUCGAUUUCCUGGUCUAAGUAUUUGGCUUAGAAAUGGGCAAAAGAUGGAAGUGAAGGUUCCUGUAGGAUGCCUCCUUAUUCAGACAGGAAAGCAGUUAGAAUGGUUGACAGCUGGAGAAUGCAUGGCUGGAAUGCAUGAGGUUGUUGUAACUAAUAGGACCACUGAUGCAAUUAAACGAGCUCUGGAGCAAAAUCGCAGUCUGUGGAGAGUAUCCUCAACGCUAUUCGCACACAUAGCAUCAGAUGCAGUGCUAAAACCUUUAGGGCAUUUUUCAGACACUCCUCUUGCAAGCAAGUAUCCUCCCAUUUGUGCAGGUGAAUUUGUUGAACAAGAGCUUGCUAUCAUAAAUCUUAAAGGUAAUAAUGGAGCUUGAUAAUCCCUAUUCAAGAUAGUAAGUGGAUACCUGUAGCACUCGAGGAGCUAUAAAAGAAGCAAGUUGAAAUUAGAUUCUUUUGUCAAUUCGUGUCCAGUAAACAAGCACAAGGGCAGAAGAGCCUUUAUCAAGGUGCAAAGUAUAAUUGUAUCGUCAAUGCAGUAUUUACUUUGUUCAAGACUCGAAGUGAUUGGGCUUAUUUCCCAAUUGAUUGCAAUAUGUGCUAUAUUUGUUUUAGAGAAAAUGACACUUAGAGCUCCUUUUAAAGA